AAAGUUAGCAAGGGCCAAGAUACCGCGUAUCGCCGGGUCUGUAGCUACAAAAGCCCUCGCCCGUUUCCUUUCGAACAAAGAUGGGAGCUUCUCUUUCAAUUAGUCGAAAGGAUCUAUUCCACGAAUAUUCCAUGUGGAAUAACAAGGCUCGAGAGAGCGCAAAAAGUUUCCAUUGCAAGUGUUGUUAUCAUGUAAACAGCAGCAGUGAUGUGCGCGUCGGAAAAGAAAACAAGGCCCCUCAAACGACUUGCGACGCUGUCGCGGCUUACAUACAUAAGUGUGCGAAUGUCGGCAAGAAGAAAAUGAAAUCUAAAAUCGAGCCAGCCACCGGGAAGACCAAGCCAAAGGAAAAUGAAAAUACGCUAAAAUCCCAAACAGCACCGGCGGCCGUCAGCGUGGAACAGCAAAACGCUAAACUGCCAAUCAUGCCCAUCUCGACAGAUUCCAAGCAAGUUGUUAGUGCCAGGGAAGUUGCAGUCGCUGUGGCCCCUGUAAAACCCAAAGUACCAAUCGCCUCUUUCAUGGUAAGCAGCGAUGCUCUGAAAUGUGUUGGAAAUUUCGUCCGCUGUCACUGCAAAAAUUUAACGCGAUUUCGCGCAUCUGAGGUGGUUCUAUGGCUACGAGGAGUAGAUAGGGCGUUACUUUUGCAGGGAUGGCAGGAUCAAGCGUUCCUGACGCCCCCAAACCUCGUGUUUCUGUUCAUGUUGCUGAAGGAAAGUUUAUCAGACAAAAUACCAAACCCUGCUCAGCUACGAGCUGAAAUUUUAACAUGCCUCUACAUGGCAUACACCUACAACGGCCCGGAAAUAAGUUACCCUUUAAAGCCAUUUCUCAUAGAUGGAGAUAGACGAGCCUUUUGGGAUCGAUGUAUGUUUAUAACAAAUAACUUGAGCGAGAAAAUGCUUCAGAUGAACAGAGAGCCAAGAUAUUUUGGCGAACUGCUGGUUGAAUUGAAAAAUUAUGGAAAUGUAGUUGACCGAAGAGACGGAUGAUAAAUUAGGAAAAAAAAUGCUGAGACUCUUCUUGCUGGAUUUGACUUCUUUUUAAUCUGUAUAGAUAAUUGCCGUGUCUAAAACAGACAAAACUGGAAAAAUAAUAAUGAUAAAUGGCUGGAGUUUAAUAUGUAUGUACAGAGCAUUUUCUCAGAUGCAUAAGGCCAAGUCAAAUGCGUAUUAGCAAUGCGCGUCGUUUUUCAUCAAAACUAAACUUUCCUGUGUUUUGAAACAGCUCCGGCCGCAGCUGAUUUCAUGAAGUCAUAACUUAUUCAGCACAUGUUGGCAUUGAGAAAAUUACAAUGCGCCAAAUAAACAGUG